UUUUUUCUCCUUGAAAAAAUUGAAAAACAUUGGAUGAAAACUUGACUGAAAACCCCGUGAAUUUGAGUAAUGUCCGCCCCGCAUAGAUAACAAUUGUCAUUGUCUUCUUCUAUUGUUAUCGACCCACUCAAUGGCCUACGAUUUCACACAUUGAAUUGUUACACCAAUCGGUGAACAGAUAGGAUGAAUGCCACUGAAGAAGCUGAGUGCGAAAGUUUCACCACCUGUAUCAUUUGUACCGAAACGUUUGACGAUGAAGAAAAACCACCAAAACAAUUGCCUUGCUAUCACAUUAUCUGUUUGCGAUGUCUUCAGGAAAUCUAUAGGGCUGGAUUAGUCAAAUGUCCCUUAUGUCGCCAAAAUCACCGUUGCCACCAAGGAGUUGAGAGAUUGCCAACCAGUCAGCUGACCUUGUACAUCAUUCGGUCGGAUAGGAAAUCGCGAUAUCCACAAUCGACUAUCCCCUCCAGAAAUUUGGUGGUAGAAUCAUUGGUUAAGGGGUUAAUGGAUAAUUACUCACCGAACGAUGAUGCAUUUUUCGGAGAGUUGCGCAACAUUACCCAAUUGGUCGUCAGGGAUCCAACUAGAUCUUUGGAUCGCGUUUGGAAAUUGCAAGAUAAAUUUAAAGAUAAUAGAACGGAUGUCUCGACAUUUCUUCAAACUAUUGCAGCUUGUGCGCGUCAGAUGGCUCAGCAACACUUGGAUUACCUUAUCUCUGAUGUGCAGGCUCGUUGGCUAUCCGAUAACACACAGCGACUAAAUUUAUUAGACUUUCUUCACAAAUUGUACUACGAGGGACGUAACGAGCAAUUAACAGCUAAAGUAAUGGAUGUUGUAGCUGGCUUUGUGUUUUGCGCCGACACAUCGGAUGAAUUCAUCGAUCCCUGCAUCGACAAAAUGAUUUUGAACGACGAAUUAACAUCCUUUUUGUUUCAUCAUUGGCUAAUCACCUGCGCUCAGACUAUCCAAUUGCAGCCAGGGCAACGACUGGCGUUGGCAGCCAUGAAACUGCUGCGUCAUCUCUGCUACUUGUUUGCUGUAACACAAGCCGCAUCAAAUAAUCACCACCACAAUACCGACGAGUUCAAGGAACUCGUUUUGGUACACUACAAGAAUAUUUAUAGAUAUGUCGAUCAAAACUGGCAAGUAUUCGGCCAUGUCAUAGCUGGAUUCGUCACUUACGUGCAAGAAUGUCGAUCCCCAGGCAAUGACAAUAUCCACAUUGCAGCUGUUGAAGAAAGAGUGGCCUUUCUCUUCGUAUUCCUUAAGUAUGGCGAAAUGUGCAUGGAUGAAUUUGCAGCCUCUUCCGUCUGGGUUUGCUUGACGGACGUGGCUAUUUCCAAUUCAAAUUCGGCACUUUGUUUUCAAUGGUUUGCCGACAUUGUUGGAAAUUCCUUGGUGCAUCCAAAAGCCAUCCAGCGCAUUUUCCAUCAGCACAUUUUGAAAUUGGAUCCUCGUCAGAUGACAAAUCAAACGGCUGUUUUCAUGUACUGUUUCGAACGUUUCUUCCGGGCUGUCCAGUGCGCAGAAGGAGACACCUUUACGGAAGGUGUAAUAGAUCCUCGUCCUGGACUAGAGUUCCUUUUGAAAAUUGUUCUAUACGCCCAAGUAACCGUUGCGCACAGAGCGUUUAACUUAGCGAAGGAGACAAUCAUCUACCUGGGUCCACGAUUGCUAUCGCACCGUGUCGACGUUAACAAUGACGCCCUUAGUGGCUUCCUAGAUCGAUUUAAAGACGAAUAUUUGAACAAUAGAGAACGUCUUUUGCAGUGCGGUGGAGAAUUAAAUUUGAUGAAUGGCCUGGUCGAAUUCCUAGAACGACAAGCUAUUUCAAGAAUUUCAGAUGUUAUGCAGGUGCCCCAAAGGUUUGAUAACGCCAAUACCAUUUUUCUUCUGAUGAUCAAGAAGAACGGCCGCAAUCUGGGAACGAUUUACAUCAACUUUUCGCCGCGUUUUCCUUGCGCCGAAUUUGUCCAGGCUUUGGGAACGUUCUGCUAUGCUAUUCCAAGAAAAUUUGGACAGCGCAUUGUUAACUCGAAGAAAGACACGUGCAUCAGGUUGGAAAUGAAGAACGCCAUGUUCCAGCCUGUUGUGCACGACAUGAUCAGUUAUCGCAAUUGGUUGGAUCCUGCGAAUUACGCCCAAAGGGCUUGUCAGGUGGGCAUUACCAGCAUCAAGGCUGGUUCUGGUAGAAACGAAGGCCGCGUCAAAGGAUGGCAAUUUGUCUUCUUCCUUCAUGAUAUACCGCCGAGUGCCUGCAAAUCGAAGAAGUCACUGCUGUUUGGCAAUGUCAUUCAAGGCAUCGAUGUAGUCAAGUCACUCAGCUGUUCAAACCUCACAACUUCCCACUUUAGCGAUGGACUCCGCUUUAUCCUAAAAUCUGUUAAUUGAAAUCAUUUAUUAUUCUCA